UCUCAGUUGGCCAGCUUAGUGGACAGUUGAAUUGUCCUCCCAAAAUUAUCGGUUUCCAUCGGACCUCGAUUGUCAGAAGUGCCUGCGAUUAUGAGCCAAGAAACCACAACAAGUGCUCCCAGAAUGUGGAGCAGGGCCAGUCCGUCCCGCGUCGUGGAAACCGCCAUGAUUGGGGAUGGUCCGCACGUGCGAAGACCGCGUCACAACAACCCAAACCAGCCAAAUCCCACGGCGGCAGAUCAACGGCCCCGAGCAUCAACGUCCAGGCGAAGCAAAUUUCUGAGAAAAAUGAGUCUGCAACGCACCCUGGCGUUCUGCAACAGAAUAAGGAGCUUUGGAGGACCUGCGUCCAGACUUGGUUACCUGUUGCCGUCGGACUUCGGGAUGAGACGGGAACUGCGCAGCGAUAUCCGCUGGCCGAUGAUAGAGAACUGGUUUGAGUUUCCCACAUGUAAUGAUGAGAUAGAUGUGGACUGUGGGGAGCUCCACGAAAGCAGGUUGUUCACAGAUCAACGCCACUGGGGACGGGCUCAACUGUAUUUCCAGCAUUACCUAGGGCAGAGGCACCGCCAUCUCCACAAUCCGAGAUCAUGCUCCGUGAAAUUCGAUCUAAGCCCCGGAAACAUGAGGCCCAUUUACCACGUGCUGUGUGGCAUGGGACUCAAAGAGACCUUGCGGCUGGCCUUCAACGAGAUGCUGCACUUGCACUAGCUUUGGGGAUUUUUGUGCUCCAACUAUCGGUAAUAAACAUUUAAGCCAA